GGCUGUGUACGAAUGGCUAUGGUCUCUAGUGCUGUGUGGCAUUUAGUCCCAGCUGGCUGGUUCUGUGUGUAAAACACUCUUCAGCCAGUGGGGACCUUAGGGGUGCACACAGUGGGGUGACAGUCAGUGUUGCUGAAGAAAAAGCACAGCCCUGCUUGGGGUGGGAGGAUGUGAUGACGUGGCUGGCGCCACUCAGCAGGAACGCAGGCCUUUAAAAAGCUGAAGAAACGGCCUCAGAGUAAACGGUGGUUCCACGGGAGGAAAGCACACCCAGGCACAUUAAAGAAGCCAAACUGUCUGCUUCAAAGAGAAAAGGCAACAUCCUGUCACAGGCCAUGCUCUGGCAAAAAUCCACAGCUCCAGAGCAAGCUCCUGCUCCACCACGGCCAUACCAGGGUGUUCGAGUCAAGGAGCCAGUGAAGGAGCUACUGAGAAGAAAGCGUGGCCAUGCCAACAGUGGAGCAGCUGGCCCACCUACUGCGGUGGUGCUGCCCCACCAGCCCCUGGCAACUUACAGCACAGUGGGUCCUUCUUGCCUUGACAUGGAUGUUUCUGCUUCCACAGUAACAGAGGAGGGGACAUUGUGUGCUGGCUGGCUCUCCCAACCUGCCCCAGCCACCCUUCAGCCCUUGACUCCAUGGACACCAUACACGGAGUAUGUGUCCCAUGAAGCUGUUAGCUGCCCAUACUCAGCUGACAUGUAUGUGCAGCCUGUGUGCCCCAGUUAUACAGUGGUUGGACCCUCCUCAGUGCUGACCUAUGCUUCCCCGCCACUCAUUACUAAUGUCACGCCAAGAAGCACUGCCACAGCCGCGGUGGGGCCCCAGCUGGAGGGCCCGGAGCACCAGGCGCCCCUCACCUAUUUCCCAUGGCCUCAGCCCCUUUCCACACUGCCUGCCUCCAGUCUGCAGUACCAGCCUCCAGCCCCAGCCCUGUCUGGGCCCCAGUUUGUCCAGCUUCCCAUCUCUAUCUCAGAGCCAGUCCUUCAGGACAUGGAUGACCCCAGAAGGGCCAUCAGCUCCCUGACCAUUGACAAGCUGCUUUUGGAGGAAGAGGAAAGCAACACAUAUGAGCUCAACCACACCCUCUCUGUGGAAGGCUUUUAGGGCUGCCUUGCAUCCAACAGCCCUUUCCCUGGAAACUGAGAUUUCAAAUGAGCCCAGAUGGGCCUAGACUCCUAUCUGUUUGAAAUGGCUCUUCCAUAGGUACCCUUUCUGCCUAAAGCUGAAUUGUAUUCCUUCCUUCUUCUUCCCUCCUUCCCUCCCUCCACCCUAUAUUCCAUCUCCCUCCUGUCUUAUUUCUUCUUCUAGUUUUCUUCCACCGGAGGGGGGAAUUAUAGUGAUAUUAUGAACAAAACCUUAUGCUGAAUGUCACCAAGUCUGCAGCUCAGAGUUUCCCUUUGUUGUUACAUCAUUAGAGAAGUGCCCUUCUCUCGGGUGCCCCCUGCUUUCUAGUAGCAUUAUAGAACUACUCUAAGAUCACUUCCCCCCUCUGCCAUUCUAAAAUGCAGGAGGUCCCACAGGGAAACCAAAGCCACUAUCACCUCCUUGCUGAGUCAGCCAUGGACAGAUGUUCUCACAUCCCACAGUUUUGUUUUGUGUUUGCUCUUCCCAGCCUUGGCUAGUCUGAGCAGGCAUCUCUGGGCUGGUUAGAGGGGGUGGGACAGGACUAUGUGUCUGUGGUUAGAGAGCGGGUGAGGAAGGGGAGACUGAGGAGUGAUCAAACCUUGCCUGCAACCAACUUUAAAAAGAAUACCACUUUAUCUUGGUUCAGCUGGUCUUCUCCCCAGUAAUUGUGAGCAAAGCUGGGUGUGGUCAGCAGGAUGAUGAUGAGUCUAUCUGUUUCAGCCCUGCUGCAGGCCCUCUAACAGGAUGCCAGAGCUUACACUGCCUUUGUCAAGGUAUUGUCAUAGCAACAGGAAAAGAAACGGGUGUUCUGAAGCCCAACAGUGAGGAGGGUGUCCAUUUAGUUCAUCCAUCAGCCACCAUGAAGUGCAUUUCCAUCCAAGGACCAUCCUUCUCAGGGUUCUAGAGUCCUGGUUGGCAGGCCAAUUAGGUUUCAUUCCAAUUUUUAUUUUAUUUUUGCUGGAGAAGUGUAACAUUUACUGUUGAGCAUUUUGCUGUUUCCAGGGCACUCUGUCCUGAAUUAGAUAUGCUUUGGGAACUGGCAGGCUACUUGCUAAUGGUGCCAUCAUCACACGGGCACACUUAUUCUAUGGAAUCCAUGUUAGAGGUAACAGACAUUUGCUGAAAAUGACAGUUUCUUUGAUACUCCACCCCUUUUUUGUUUCCAUUUUCAAUGAAAACUUAGAGAAAACCAUUUAUCUUCUUUUUUCCAUGCUUUAUGUUUAUUUUGAUUCAGAUAUCUCAAUAUCUACCUAAAGUCCUGGUAUACUUAUCUUGAGUUAUUUGUAUUUCUCUUUAAUAUUUAGACUAAAUGUUAGAUUCUAGAUGAUAAGUUUACACUUGCAUUGGUAGUUACUGUAAACAAGAAAGGGAAGGGGAUGCCCUGGCCUAUUUAAUUAAGGUCCUGUUGCACAUAAAAACACUAUUCAAGAUUUUCCAGCUACUUGAGGGUUUGAGAAGAUGCAGGAGAGGCAUACCCAGAGGAGUUAAUGCUGGGAAAACAAACACAACAGCAAAGAAAGCAGUGUGAGCAUUUGCUAGGGUUGAACUGGUAUCUUUCCCCUACUUAUCUUGAGACCCUAAUGUCUUGGCUGCAGGCAUUCACCCAAAUCUCCUUCCCAGUUAUUCUACUCAGAUGCAACAUUUUAAAUAAAGAUUUUUGAUGACUUCUCUUUG